AUGGCAUCCGAUGCCACAAUCACAUGUGAAGCAGCGGUGGUUCCCACAUGCACAGCAAUGGUCCCGUACGUUCAAAAGUGGUACGUGAAACACUUCAAGAUGAGUGUGCAUGGACAAAACCAUUUGUGUUUGGAGAUGCGAAUGAGAUGGGUGCUACUUGGAGUGGUACCCAACGACAUUCUCGCAGCAUUGAUGAAGGAUGGAGGAGACCUUGUCAAGGAAUUGAUGUGGCGGCACAACACACUACGAUUAGAGGCAGGUGUUGCCUCGGACGAUACGGAUUACGAAUUCGUGACUGGCGAAGUGGUAGCUGAAGAACCACUGGUCGAGGUCGAGGAACAACAACAAGUUGAUGCUGUUGAACCACUGGUCGACAACCGAGUCGAUGAGGAGGACAAUGUGGACACAGCACAAUCAACUUUGCGACGAUCAAAGAGACACAUGGCGGCGAUUGCAUCUCAGAGAAUCGCAGAACAAGUCAAGACAAAGCCACGGCAGGUGGCAAUUGAACAACCUACUAGAAUUAAACGUAGACGGGCGGCGGCCACCAAGAAAAAGUCGACAAAGCCAAAGGUGAAGGGCAAGGGCAAGAAGAGACAACCUGUGACGGACACACAGCACAAACAACAGUUCAGACAACAACUUUUUCUGGACGGCAAGUCAGAAAGCCUGACCGGUACAUUCCAGUCUAGGACAACAGGUAAGUAA